GAAGCCGAAGGCUAGUCGCGCUAAUUCUAAAACCCUGAACCGAAGUGCACUACAGAGCUCCAAUGGCGGCAUCUCCUAGCGACGGUUACCCCACGGCCGACGCCGGAAUGGAUGGCCAGGAUUCCUCCGCUCAAAGAGACUCUACGUGCGAACCGCCCAUUCCCCAGCCUUCGAGCGACGAAGCUGUUUCAGGGGAGAAACGGAAGAGGGAGGACGGCGGGGACGUGGAUCCUUCUGUCAAUCCACUGUGGAAGACCAGCCUCUGCUCCUACUUCAGGCGGAGCGGAGGUUCCUGCAGUCACGGAAGCUCGUGCAGGUACGCCCAUGGCGAGGAGGAGCUCCGGCAACGGCCUGACGGUUCGUGGGAUCCGACUUCUGAGAGGCGGAAGGAGGCUAGCUCUGGUAAGAAGAGGGAGGUUGGCGUUGACGAUGAAGAUGAGGACGAAGACGACGACGAUGAGGAGGACCGUGAUGGUGGCAUCACCCCAAAGAAAUGCGUAUUCAAUCUGCCGGGCUGUUGGACUGGCGAAAUGUUCAGGAAGUUCCUCGAUGAAAAGGGAAUCGCGUACAAAUCUGCAAAGAAAAGGAAAAACAUCCAUGUAGGUUUCCUUAAAUUUGAAAACAAAGAGCAACUGGAACAUGCAGUGCAGGAACUGGAUGGAAAACCGGUUGGCAGCUGUAAUAUGGAGGUUGCAGAUGUUGGACAUGGAAUGUCCAUGAAGAAACUGAAGCGAGAGGGUGAAACUUCUGCCCCGGGUGCCAAUGGCGAUGCCUCCGCACUUGGUUUCCAGGCAAAAAGUGCUCGGGAUGCUGUCACUCCAUAUGCCGAGUUCCCUUACAGUGACCAGCUGCAGUUUAAGAAGAACGCUCUAGAAAAAAUCUUAAAAAAACUUACUCGGAAUGCACGCAAGGUUUGUCCUCCUGGUGUUUUACUUCCACAAUGGAUUAUGAAAUCUAAUGAAAUAGGUGGCCUUGCCUGCAAGUUGGAGCGUGUAGUAGCAUCCCCGCUUGAGAAUGGUUAUCGGAACAAGUGUGAGUUUACCAUUGGACUGUCUCUUGAUGGCAAGCCCACCAUAGGUUUCACACUUGGAUCCUUCAAGGAUGGAGUGACAGCAGUCGCUGAACCAGUAGACUGUCCAAAUGUGUCCAGCAUCGCAGUGAAGUAUGCCUCUAUCUUUCAGGAGUUUCUCCAACAAUCAAGCUUACCAGUUUGGUGUAGACAUAAGAAUUCUGGGUUUUGGCGCCAGUUUACGGUACGGGAAGGAAGGAGACCGCAGAAUGCUCCUGAUGUUGAUAAUGUUCACCCUGAGAUUGGGGAGGUCAUGCUAAUCGUACAGGUUUGCUCAUUGGGCCACGACAAUGCUGUCAUUGCUAGUGAAUUUGAGAGGAUGGCCCGGGCAUUUUCUUCGGGAGCGGCAGGGAGUUCUCCUGUGCUGCCUCUGACGCAUGUGGUUAUUCAGGAACACCAAGGAAUAUCUAACGUGGCACCAAGCGAUUCUUCAUUGAGGUCAAUUCCCAUACAAAAACCCGAUGGUGGACCUGUGACUGAACCAUUCAAUGAAACUGAGGAACCAAGAAUUCAUGACUAUAUAAACAAUCUUAAAUUUUCUAUUUCACCUACAGCGUUUUUUCAGGUUAAUACCCUUGCCGCGGAGAAGCUAUAUGCUCUCGCUGGUGAUUGGGCUGGUCUUGAUGCCGAUACCUUGCUGUUUGAUGUAUGCUGCGGGACUGGGACUAUUGGGUUGACUUUAGCGCACCGUGUUGGUAUGGUGGUGGGCAUUGAAAUGAAUGCUUCAGCUGUUUCAGAUGCUCAUCGGAAUGCAGAAAUUAAUGGCAUAAAUAACUGUAGAUUUAUCUGCGGAAAGGCAGAGGAUGUCAUGGGAUCUCUGCUGAAGGAAUACCUUGAUGUGCCUCAGAAACAGGAUGAGCCUUCAGCUGAAAGCAGUGAUAAAGAACUUACUUCCAUUGAAAAGAAAGGUUCUGAGGAGCAGGAAUCAGGAAAUCAGGAGAAUCCCAGUUCAGAAGCAGAAGGCGCUUCAUGUCGGCAAUUUAAAAAUGUGGUAGCCAUUGUUGAUCCUCCACGGGGUGGACUUCAUCCUACUGUCAUCAAAGCCUUGAGAACUCAUUCACGCCUAAGGAAACUCGUGUACAUAUCAUGUAAUCCCGACACCUUAACAGCGAACUCUAUUGAGCUCUGCUCGAACUGUCCCGAGAAGGAGGAGAAGGGGAAGAAAGACAACAGGAAUUGGAGAAACAUGAGUAGUGCCGGUCUCGCCCGCCGGAGGGUGAAGUCAAUGCCCAAAUCAGAGCCCUUCCGACCUGUUAAAGCUAUGGGCUUCGACCUCUUCCCGCAUACUAUUCACUGUGAAAUGGUAAUGCUUAUGGAGAGAUGAUCUCUUCAAGAUGAGCAAGCAUGAGUAUUUGGCAUCAGUUUAAACCUCACUGUAGGAGCGUCAGCCUUCAAGUAUGAGAGAGGGGGAGCUUAUGAAUCAGCAUUGCCCGUAUGAAAUUUCGGAAUCCAUUAUAGAGUAUUAGCAGCACUAUCUGCAAUUCUGACGGAUUUUUUGCCUUAUCUUCUCGAUUCUUUCGAUAACUAUGUAUCGCUAUCAUUUUCUAAUCUCUGUAUUCUGUAUAAUCUUGUUUAAUAAAUUGAAAUUUGAAGUUUAAUCCCAAGUCUCUCUCUCUCUUCA